AUGGCUGACCAUCGCAAUCCGGGGAUAGCAUUCGAUGAAGCUGUGUUCAGUAAUGUACAUAUAAACCUUCCUGCUGUACAAAGACGAGCAGCAGAUCUUGCAAGCAGACGUGCAGUCAAGAAACAAUGGCAAGCUGCCUGGCAGCUGCGUGCCAUCACUUGCAUCGACCUGACGACACUUGCUGGAGAUGAUACAUCAGCUAAUGUAUCCCGGUUGUGUUUCAAGGCAGCCCACCCUGUUAGUCACAGCGUCUUGAACAUGUUGAAGAUGGGCCACCAAGAUUUAUCAGUAGGAGCUGUGUGUGUUUAUCCCAACCAGGUACAAACAGCCAAGGAUGCUUUGAAAAAAGCUGGAUCUUCGGGAUCUUCUAUUCCCAUUGCUUCAGUGGCCACUGGAUUCCCUUGUGGGCAGACUCCGCUGGCUUCUAGGCUGGAGGAAAUCAAGACAGCAGUCAAGGAUGGUGCCACCGAGAUUGACAUUGUUAUCAACAGGACUUAUGCACUCACUGGAAAUUGGAAAGGUGUCUAUGAUGAAGUGAGGCAAAUGAGGGAUGUCUGUGGUUCUACACACAUGAAAACCAUUCUGGCAACUGGAGAGCUUGGCUCCCUGAGAAACGUCUACAAAGCUAGUAUGGUGUGUAUGAUGGCAGGUGCUGAUUUCAUCAAGACAUCCACAGGGAAAGAAGGUGUCAACGCAACCUUCAUGGUGGCUCUAGUCAUGAUCCGGGCUAUUCGAGAUUAUCAUGUCCUCACUGGAGUUAAGGUUGGUUUCAAGCCCGCAGGAGGAAUUCGUACAGCCAAGGAAGCAUGUGUCUGGCUGUCCAUGAUGAAAGAGGAGCUGGGCGAUGAUUACACACAUCCCAGUCUGUUUCGGUUUGGGGCCAGCGCUUUGUUGGGUGACUUGGAGCGGCAGUUGUAUUACUAUGCCACUGGACAGUACCCUGCACAGAAUGAAUUGCCCAUGGGCUGA